AGACUCUCUUCUCCAGCUACCUUAUACUUCACCUCUCGCAAAAUGUCCGGCGUUUGGGUAUUCAAAAACGGAGUUGUUCGGCUCGUGGAGAAUCCGGGGGCCGACUCUUUGGACGGCAGCCGCCACCGGAAGACGCUAGUCCACGUGGCAUCAAAUGAAGUCAUUACAUCCUACGCAGUGCUCGAAAGAAAGCUAAUGAUGCUCGGGUGGGAGAGGUAUUACGAUGAUCCGGACCUACUACAGUUCCACAAGAGAUCCACCGUCCAUCUCAUCUCUCUUCCUAAAGAUUUCAACAAGUUUAAGUCCAUGCAUAUGUUUGAUAUUGUCGUCAAAAAUCGAAAUGUGUUCGAAGUUAGAGAAAUGAAAUGAAAUCUCUUUUUCGGAGGUAGAUCGGUUUGCUUUGUGAUUGGUUAUUAUGAUUAUGUGAGACUUGCAUGUAGUUAUGUAUUUAAUUAGAGUGCGAGUAUAGUAAUUCUCCUAGGUACGUAGUUUAAUUAAAUGUGGAGAGCUGUGCUCGAUUGUAACGUAUCUGUGAAUGAUUUAGUAAUUGAUUGUAACGGAGAUUGAGUUUCUUGUGCUA